UAUGUGGAACAGGCAAAUCAGGGCAGAAGAAUGAAAAUGCUUCGGUUUCGUAGUCCAAGCCUCCGCUCUCUGGAUCAAGAGAUCCAGGUCACGAUUCGGUUACUGGAUGACUCGGAGAUCUCGUGCAGYAUCCAGAGAGAAACCAAGGGCCAGUUCCUGGUGGAUCAUGUGUGUAACCAUUACAGCCUCCUGGAGAAGGACUACUUUGGCAUCAGAUAUGUCGACCCAGAGAAACAGAGGGUAUGGGCUGAGCCCAAUAACCCAAUAGUGAAGCAGAUGAAGUCUCAGCAGCCCUACACAAUGUGCUUCCGGGUCAAAUUCUACCCUCACGAGCCAAUGAAGAUCAAAGAGGAGCUCACCAGGUAUCUACUCUAUCUGCAGCUGAAGAGGGACGUCUACCACGGUCGUCUCUUGUGCCCCUUCGCUGACGCAGCCUACCUGGGGGCCUGUAUCGUACAGGCUGAACUAGGGACUAGACCAAACGAAACCCCGCCAGACUACAUCCAAGACUUCAAACUGUUCCCCAAGCAGUCGCUUAAACUGGAGAGGAAGAUCAUCGAUAUUCACAAGAACGAGCUAAGGGGGCAGUGUUCUGCUCUGGCCGAGCUUCAUCUCCUCCAGAGGGCACACAACCUGGAGACAUACGGAGUGGACCCUCACCCCUGCAAGGACUUCACAGGAUCCACAGCCUUCCUGGGAUUUACUGCCACUGGGUUUGUGGUGUUCCAGGGAAACAAGAGAAUCCACCUGCUCAAAUGGGCUGAUGUCAACAAACUGAAGUUUGAGGGGAAAACAUUCUAUGUCAUUGGAAUUCAGAAAGAGAAGAAACUGGUGCUGACGUUCCACACCUCUACCCCAGCAGCGUGUAAACAUUUGUGGAGUGUGGGUGGAGACCAAGCAUUUUACAAAUGUGCAAAGUCAAGCCAGAUCAAGACUGUGUCCAGCAGUAAUAUUUUCUUCAAGGGAAGCAGGUUUCGGUACAGUGGAAGAGUUGCAAAAGAAGGUCAUCGAAGCCAGCUCCAAGAUCAGAGAGAGCCACCGGAGGUGCAUAGGUUACACUUUGGGCAGAGCAGAAGCUUCAACUCACUGAGCCACAAAAACCUGAUCAUAAACAUGGAGCCUCUUGUCCCAGCACUGCCCUCCACCAAUGAGUAUGAAGAGACCUCGGCAGACAAUGUCGGGGACCCUCACGCCCCGGCGGACGUGGUUGAGGAGCUGGGUGAGGAGCUGGGUGAGGGGCUGGUUGAGGAGCUGGGUGAGGGGCUGAGUAAGGGGCUGGGUGAGGAGCUGGGUGAGGAGCUGGUUGAGGGGCUGGGUGAGGGGCUGGUUGAGGGGCUGGUUGAGGGGCUGGGUGAGGGGCUGGGUAAGGGGCUGGGUGAGGAGCUGGGUGAGGGGCUGGUUGAGGGGCUGGGCGAGGGGCUGAGUGAUGGGCUGGUUGAGGUCUGGGUUCUGGAGGGUUGUGGGGAGGUUCUGGAGGGUUGUGGGGAGGUUCUGGAGGAGCGGGGAGAUGCGGUGCGCUGCCGGUUAAAGAUCACCACCAGUCCAAACCUGCAGCUCCGCAUGGCCAACCAUACGGCCAGGGACGUCUAUGUACGCCUGCUCGGCCACGGGGAGCGCAUCUCUGGAACCGGACUACUGGCUCUGAAGGACUCUGUUCACUUGUCUCCCCUGAAGCCAUCUACCACCCCCACGGAACGAGAGCUAGAGUGGCUGGAGGGCUCUGCUCUGGGGCAGCGCAAGGAGGAGGCCCCUACCAGGGCUGGGGGGGAGGCAGAUGGACAGGAAGAGGAUGAGGAGGAAGAGGAGGAAGAGGAGACGAGUGGAGUCCUGACCAUCUCUGAGUUGGUGUACAACCCCUGUGCCAGCAUGCUGCCCACGCCGGUGGACGACGGCCAGGGAGGGGUUGACCUGCUGUUCCAGAGCCCCAUCCAGAGCCCUGCUCGCCUGCUGAGAGAGCUACAUGCUGACCCUGACAUCCAGGCCCAGCUGGUGGCCGAGAGGGUGCGUGACCGUGCCUUCGAGCGUGCACGUGUGGUGGGAAGGAGCAUGCUAGGUAGCGGGCUUCGCCUCCUGACGAGGAAUGAGCGGGUGAACACGUGGGUGCUGAGCGCGGUCCGCCUCAUCGCCAUGGUGGUAGGGGUGCUACUGGUUGCCGUACCGAUGCUGCUGCUGCUGCUGGAGUCGGACAUAGACGUGUCGUUUUUGCACGAGAUCAGGCAGACACCGGAGUUUGAGCAGUUCCACUACGAGUACUACUGCCCGCUGCGCCGCUGGRUCCUCUGUAAGAUCAGCAUGGCCAUGGAGAGGCUGGGAUGGGACUGAAGAGGAGAGGAGACACAGGAGUGGAAAGAGAAAUGGACGAGUAGGAAGAGGAGGGAAGUUGAGGGAGGGUUGCUUUCACUCUGUACCAUGUUUCUGUCUGCUCGCUCCUGAUGCUGACAAGCUGAUGGGUAUUGGUUGUGAUUGGACAGUGAUUUUCUAGUAGGUACAAGACAAAUAUGUCUCUGGAGCUCAUUUGAUUGACUCUUCUCUUCAUAACAGAGUCAGUGAUUGAUCCCAGACACUGUCAGUAAUGGCGGAGUGGGCUGGACAGAGRGAGAACAUAGAUCUGAGAGCAACCCUGUAUCACUGGCAACAUAACAGCUACAGCCUAUAGAUAGAUACACUACAUGACCAAAAGUAUGUGGACACCUGCUUGUCGAACAUUUCAUUCCAAAAUUAUGGGCAUUAAU